UCUCCAAGGCAUCUCAUUUUAGAUUUUUUCAUUCUCGUGAAAGUUUCUAUUUGUCCGUGUUGUUGCUGAAAAAAAGAUAGCCAUGCCAGAGUGUAGAAAUUCAGAUAACAUUCCGACCAAAGAUGAAAGUCAACAAAAUCCAGUAUGGCUAACCAAAGAUUUUCUUCAAGAAAAACUGAGAAUCUAUUUCAAGGAUCCCAGUCUGGAGGUAAUAUCAAUGAACUUGACUCCAGCGAUUCCAAAAGGUGAAAACUAUGCCAGUGUAAUGACUCGAGUUUCGGUUGAAUAUAUUCCGAAAAGUAGUCGUGAGCCAAGAACUGGAUCAUACAUUGUCAAAAGUUCCUUCGAAGGAGAUGACAUAGCUUGUGAAUUGAUGAAACCCUACGAUAUCUACAACAGGGAAAUGAUAAUCUAUCAGGAGAUCAUCCCCAAGUUGAACGCAUUGCUAAACGAAAUCGGUGAUACGGACAAGAUGUUUCCAGAAACUAUUGCCGUGGAAUUUGACCGUUCGGUAAUUAUCUUUGAAGACCUCUCAAAAAUCCAAUACGCUAUGUGUGAUAGGACCAAGGGUUUGGAUAUGGAGCACGCUAAACUGUGUCUAAGGAAGCUAGCCAAGAUGCAUGCUACUUCUGCGGUUUUGAAUGAACGUGAGCCAGGAAUUUUUGAAGGUUACGAUCGUGGCUUGUUCAAUAGGCACACAAACAAUUAUAGUCCGUUCUUUGAGGGGCUAGUGGAGGCUUGCGGCAAGAUGGUAAGCCAGUGGGAUGAUUUCAAGGAAUAUGGAGAAAAAAUGCUGGCCCUAAAACCUAAGGUGAUGGAAUAUGGGAAUCAGGUCUUUGAUCCUAUCGAGGGUCACCUGAAUGUUUUAGCGCAUGGAGAUUUCUGGGUUAACAAUGCCAUGUUCAAUGAAGGACCAAAUGAGCAUCCGAAUGAUGUGAUUCUGAUUGAUUUCCAGUAUAGUGUUUGGGGUUCACCUGCUAUUGAUUUGCAUUGGUUCUUCAACACAUCACUAAGGGAAGAAAUUCGUUUACAUCAGCAGGAUGAACUUUUUCAAUACUACUAUAACAUUUUUGCAGAAACAUUGAAUGCUCUUGGAUUCAAAGCAAAGAUUCCCAGCUUACAUCAGUUCCUAUUGCAUAUGACAGAGAAGAGUUUUUAUGCUUUAAUAUCAAGUUUGGUUCAGGCAGUCCAAGUAAACGACCAAACGGAAGAUGCUGAUUUUCAUGCUCUGAUGGGUGAAGAUGAACGGGCACUGAAUUUUAAGAGAAUUAUUUUCCAAAAUGAAAAAGUACAAAAGAAUCUUAAGAGGCUUUUACCAAUGUUUGAUCGUAAGGGUCUAUUGGAUGAUAGAGAUUGAAGAAGAUGUAGAAAUUAGGGAAUGAAAGUAUUAUUAUAGCUCAAGUGAUCUCUCAAACGUGUGAGUUUAUUGCAAGGUUGAGAUAAAUAAAUUUAAGAUUUUUUUUUAAGGAUUUUUGAAUAGUUGUUAUUGGUGUUUUAUUUUUAAAUAAAUAUAAUUAUAAAAUUAGAA